GUCGAAUCCACCAUGGACGGUCCAUCUGGCUGCGCCUUCUUGUAACGGCGGGUUUUUCUUUUGCUAGCAGUGAAAUGGGCUUCCCAAUUGAGUAGGAAACAUCUCCGGUCUCCACUGCCACGAACCGUUUCAAAAAGGCUAGAUAAUAAAUUAUGGCGCACAAACUUACACCGUAUGCGCGCCUUGUUUGCAUUCCCGACGUGCACAAAUACGGUGGUCUACAUAUUGGUCCCAUACAGUACAUGCUGACCCCGUUUGUUUGGACCUACACGAGGAAAUCUCUGAUCUCAGCAAUCCUUUCCAACUUCCUAAGAGAUAAUGGGAAAGCGACGCAGACUGUAAGCGGGGACGGGGAUGAAACGGGACCCCGAAAAAGCAAGAACAUUAAAUGCUAAAGAAAACUAGAACUGACAUCAGACAGCUCGCUUCUAUAGUAUUCCAAAUAUCUCCGACUGGCACCCUUCAAUUCGUCCCGUGGCAGCUCGAGCCGGAUAUGCAUCCCUAUCCCAAUCAUCGACCGAUUUCCCGAUCGGGCCACGAGGGUGUCUAAAGGGAGUGCCACAUCAGCCGCAAGAAGGUUGGCCAGGGAGAAUUGUCAGCCAGGGCAAGAACAUUCUCCCAGAACUAGAUCUCUGCUGGAUUGCGGGAUGCAGAUUUACUACCCAAUCCCCCUUGGUGGCGAAAAGCCAUCUUCGUCCCUCCACGAAUGAAAGUACGGUGGCAUACGGGGAAUGAUAGGAGAUGUGCAGUCAUCACGUUCCCACGCAAAACGAUCAUUGGGCCAAGCCCGUUAGGACUUGAAAAUGAUUGACGAAGGACUCCGUACCCUCCGUUGCAAGUCCGGAGGGUACCGUCGGGGUUGAACUUGAACGGGGGCUAGAGGUGAACGGAACGGGCAUAAACAGCACUAGUGAUUGGCAGCGGAUAGACAGGACCUACACUUUGUAAUUGAAUCCUUAAACACUUCAACUAGUUUGU